CAGAGAGGCCGAAACCUCCAGAUGCCUAGAAGGGCCGGAGGGUAAGGUUGAGAGUUAGUGGGGAGUCAGUGACGCAGUUCCUUCUCCGCUGUGUUCCAAGAUGUGGGCCGGGCGCUCUCGAUGAGGGUGAUCCAACACCCCAUUAGGAACUUCCUCACCAAACCCAAGGAAGGGAUCAGGCAAGAUUUGUGCUGGGCACAUCCUUUGGAGUGAGGCUGUGCUGGGCAGGUAUUCCCUCUUACUCCUCACUCCAUUGCAGCUAAUCAGUAACCAAGGACCAUCUGACUACUGCUCACAGAAACCUGUACAGGCAGGUGCUGCUGUUCUGGAGCCUGGAAGUCCAAGAUCAAGGUGACCACCUGAUUCAGUUUCUGAUGGUGGAACUGGGACUGAGGAGGUGUUGAUUCCAAAGUAUCACUCCUGAAAAAUCAGAAUCUCACACUUUCAAGAGAACUCCACAGAGGUGUUGCCAGGGAAGUCAAAAUUUAGAAAGCUCCUUCUGAAGAGAAAGAGAAGAUUCAACAGGCCACUGUGAUGCUUCAAGCAAGACAAAAUGAGAAAGACAAGAAGCUUCAGGCAUAAGACAGUUAAAGACAAUGAAACACUUACAGAAGUGAGUGAGCAAGAAUCUGAAAAAGAUGGUAGUCAGUGCUUAGAUCCUGCAACAAACAUGAGAAUUCAGGCUGAAAAGAAACAGUAUGUAUGUACUGAGUGUGGGAAAGCCUUUAGUCAGAGUGCAAAUCUUACAGUACAUGAAAGAAUCCACACAGGAGAGAAACCCUAUAAGUGUAAGGAGUGUGGAAAAGCCUUCAGUCAUAGCUCCAACCUUGUUGUUCAUCGAAGAAUCCACACUGGACUGAAGCCCUACACAUGCAGUGAAUGUGGGAAAUCUUUCAGUGGUAAGUCACACCUCAUUCGGCACCAGGGAAUCCAUAGUGGGGAGAAAACUUAUGAAUGUAAGGAGUGUGGGAAAGCCUUUAGUCGGAGUUCAGGUCUUAUUUCACAUCAUAGAGUUCACACUGGGGAAAAGCCCUACACUUGUAUCGAGUGUGGGAAAGCCUUUAGCCGUAGUUCAAACCUUACUCAACAUCAAAGAAUGCACAAAGGAAAAAAAGUUUACAAAUGUAAGGAGUGUGGGAAAACAUGUGUUUCUAAUACAAAGAUUAUGGACCAUCAGAGAAUUCACACAGGGGAGAAGCCUUACGAGUGUGAUGAGUGUGGAAAAGCUUUCAUUUUAAGGAAGACCCUUAGUGAACAUCAGAGACUUCACCGUAGAGAGAAACCUUACAAAUGUAAUGAAUGUGGGAAAGCUUUUACUUCUAACCGAAACCUUGUUGAUCAUCAGAGAGUUCACACUGGAGAGAAACCCUAUAAAUGUAACGAAUGUGGAAAAACCUUCAGGCAGACUUCUCAAGUUAUUCUACAUUUGAGAACCCACACUAAGGAGAAACCCUAUAAAUGUAGUGAGUGUGGGAAAGCCUAUCGUUAUAGCUCACAGCUUCUUCAACACCAGAGAAAACAUAAUGAGGAGAAAGAAACAUCAUAAAUAACAUAUAUUGUUAGUAGGCCUAAUUGCUACUUUUUGGAAAAACAAUUUUUCAUUAUUCUCAACCUUAAUUCAAUUUCUAAGACUCCAUACAGGGAAAGUAACCAGAAGCAAACAAAGAUGAACAGAGGGAUAUUCAUGCUAGCAUCAUAUAUAACUGAAGGAAGAGAACUAGAUUUUCAGUAGUAUAAGGUUUAAAUAAAUGAUAGUCUAUCUAACAUGAUGGUUUUGCAGCCAUUAUAAACAUUCUUAAAGAAUAUUUAAUGUCAUGGGGAAAAUUAUUUGUAUAAAAUGGAAGAUAAAAAACAAAUUUGAUCCAAAUUUUUAAAAAAUAUUCACCUAUAGGAGAAAAAUGGGAAUGAAAUAACACCAAACCAAAACGUUGACAGUGAUUAUCAUUGGGUGAUAGGAUUAUAGGUGAUUUCUAUUUUCUUUAUACUUUUCUAAGCUUCUUAGAUUUUCUACAAGAAUGUAGUACUUUUAUAUUCAGGAAAGAAGUACAAUAUUUUUUAAAUGCAGUGAGUACAUGCUCAUUUUCACUCAGCAGUGUUAUGAAAGGCAUAUAGAACAUGGACCCUAAACUCAUGGGAUUCCACCCUAAUACUGGCACUUGGUAGCAGUGGAAGCAUGAGCAAGUCACUUCCUUUUAGAGCCUGUUUCCUGUUUAUUAAAUAAUAAACACCAGUCGUUGGUCUUUUGCAGUUUUAAAAUAAGCUGACUUUUUUUAACUCUUAGGUUAAAAGAACAACAAAAAUUUACUGCAUUCUUCUAUCCCACAGUUGUAGAAGGCAGGUAAUAGAGACUUCAUCUUUCCAAUAUAUAUCUACAAAACCAGAAAAAACCCCUUACAAAAUUGAAACAAUUGCAGCUGCAUAACCUGUAAAGAUGUGGUCAGCAUAAUCUAAAAUGAGGGGAAGACUCUGCCUUCUCAUGUACAGUUUAAUAGCUUAAAGUGCGAACUUUGGGAUCAGAGAUAUGUGUUCUGAUCCCAGAUCUGCCACACAUUAGCUUGUCAGUUUUGGACAAGUCACUUAACUAUGCUGAGCCUUAGACUUAUCUGUAAAAAGGGAAUAAUGACCUACCUAACAGGGUUGUGAGGAUUUAAUGAGAUAAUGCAUGGAUUGUGUGACAAAGCUGGCCCAUAGUAAAUGAAAAUAGCUCAAGUAUGGGACAUUGGAGCAGUGUUUCUAAACUCUCAGAGUGAUUCAGGAAGUUUAACCUGAGGUAGCAUUUAGGACAUUUUCAGGUGUAAUGAACACAAUAUCACGUGCUAGUAGCUAAAACCUUAAGAACAUUGAUUGUUUAUUUAUGGGGAAGUCUAGAGGUAUGCAGUUCCAAAUUUGGUUUGGCAACUGAGCAAUUCAUAAAACUUAAGUCUUAACUCCAUAAUUUUCAGCAUAUAGGCUUUCAUUUUUUGCAGCCUCUCGGUUGUAAGAUGUUGGCCAUAACUGGAAGCUCUUAACUGGAAGCUCUUCUCACACAACUCUUUCAGAAUCAGGAAGUGAGGAAAGGAGCUGAGGCUUUCUGAUCUGUUUGCUUUCUCCCUUUUAUCAUUGAGGAAACCUUUCUCGGGAGAAGGGAAGGAUGCUGUGCAGUCAGUACUGCAGGUGCUCACUUGCUUCCUCUGCCUUUCUUUAUGUCCAGCCCUUUGAGAAGGCCUUAACCCAUUUUCAACCAGUGUUUUAAACUUCUAAGUCCUUAGCUCAAAAUACAUCUGGGAACACUUAGAAUCUGCCCACUCUUUUUUUUUUUUUUUUAAGAUUUUAUUUUUUUUUUAUUUGACAGAGAGAGAGAGAGAGCCAGAGAAGGAACACAAGCAAGGGGAGCGGGAGAGGGAAAAGCAGGCUUCCCGCAGAGCAGGGAGCCUGAUUCAGGGCUAGAUUCCAGGACCCUGGGAUUAUGACCAGAGCCAAAGGCAGAUGCCCAACGACUGAGCCACCCAGGCGCCCCAGAAUCUGCCCAUUCUUAAACGCAGUCACCUCUCUUUCUUCAUAUACAGUGAAUCCCUAAGCCUAAUGUCAUUUGUCUUAUGCACGUAGUGAUUAUUGUUAUCCCAUUCAAUUCUUACAACAUUUGUACAAGAAAAUUGAGUCUCAGUGAGAUUAGGUGACUGACUAGUUAGUGAUUGGAGCCAGGAUGUGAACUCAGAUUCGAGUUUUAGGUCCAUGCUUUCUUCAUAUACCAAAGUGCCUCUGCCCACCAUGGCAGUUCUAUAUGUGAGUGGGAGACCAGUUGGGACUCUCUUGAGUAGACACCUCUAUGAAAGGCAGUUAUAUCUGGAUAAUUAUUUGAUCAUGGUUUCAUAAGGAAGAUGCCUGUCUUCUCUGAGUUCGAUUUACAGCUUAUCUCUGCACCUUGUAAUUUAGUUUUAAGGAUUAUAUAUUUCUUCCUUGCUGUUACUGGAGACAAAGAAACAGAAGGUUGUGAAGGGUAUAGUUGUGUGAAAAGGGAUUGUUUGCUUUUGUCCUAUUUCGACAGGAUAGUGGCUUACAUUCAAUUUUGGGAUGUAAUAGUCCCUCUUUGCAUGGUUAUUCAAAAACCUUUGCAAGGUUUGGAGGUUAGUCCCUCUUUGUAUAGUUAUUCCAAACAAGGUUUGCUGCAUUCAGGGAUAGGACUAUUGGGUAGACACUUCCCCAAGAGUCUGGGUGGAUACAAGGGUAGGGUAAUCCACAUGUGGCAGUGGGUUACACUACUGCAGUAAGGGUCCUUCCGUCAUUUUUCCCUUGUCACGUGUCCUUUUAAAAUUAAGGGAGGUGUUUGUAAUUAGUAUCCCAUGCCUUUUGUCAUGCCAGCCAUCCUUACCUGCUGAUUACCUAUGUGGAGGCUCCCCAUGACUAGUGUCUACUGGUGGCCAAAACUAAGAAAAUAGGCAGUUGGCUUCUUGUAUGCCUGUCAGAGGUUAUUUUUUGAACAUUUAUUAUUACCAAGCAGAUUUGUUGAUACUUCCUAUGUUACUAAGCAGGUAUUCUCUGACAUUUUCCUAUCAUUGUCUCAUAGUGUCUGAGAUUUCUUCUUUCAAAUAGGCUUUCUUUUUCAUCUUAAAAGAUUUUUGUGAUCUUCAAGAGUAAAUACCUUCUGGAAGGAUACUGUGUCAUCUCAAACCCAGCAAUCUGAAUACAGAUCUUCACGUAUCUUGCCCCAGGCAAGGUAAGAUAAUAGACCCUCGCCCAUUUUCUAGGCUGAUACUUGUCUUGAGCUGCAAGAGUAAAUGCUGAUAAGUGGUCCACAUGCCCUUUCAGAUAAAUAUUCUGCAGCAUAAUUUAAACUGAUUAUCCACCUUCCUCCAGGGACUUUUCAAGACUACCAGCUGUUAACUUCAGUCAGAGUUUAAUUAUGUAUGCAAUUCUUACCAUACUUUCAUCAAACUUAAGUCUUAACUCCAUAAUUUUCAGCAUAUUGGCUUUUCAAGAUGCACUCUGGAUUCAGGGUCUCCUUAUGUUUUUUCCAGCUUCCUGUGCUAAUGGAAACCUGGUUGUUCCUUAAUAGCAGUGCUUCCUCUGCAGCCCCUCAAUUGUUAGUUUGUCUCCCUCAACCCAUUUACCUCUCUUUAUUGCCAUUUUUUCUGUAUUCUCCAUCAAAAACCCAGCUCUUUUGAAAUACACAUUGCUAGACUACUGUGUAUUACCCAUCCCUGUUUUUGUUAUCUACUGGCUUCCUGUGUACUCACUUAUUCAUUUAUGUUUUUAGUACCCUGAAUAUUCUGGAGGAAUAUGAAGAGGCGAUAUUUUUAGCCAUAGAUAUCCUGGUUAUGUAGAAUUGCUCUUGUGUGGAAUAGAAAUAUAUAUGUCUCCUUUUAGUUGAGAUAGUGUGAAAUAAAAUCUCAUUUUAUAUAGCCUUGAUUAAAGGGAAAUAUGAAAGACAAUGAAUUCUGCAUAGAGAGAAGAGUGUCUCCCUAGGUUUAGAGAUAUUUUUUAUUGAUGGUGUAUACUGUAUUAAUUCUUACUUGGAACUGAGAAGAAAAUCAAAACCAGAAAGGAUUUUAAAUAGCUGAAUAAUUCUGUUGCAUUUAAAUCCCAUUAAGACUAAAUUUCAUUUCAGUUCUGUAUCCUCAGUGACAGACUUUUUUUUUAAAUUUUGCCAUUAAAUAUAAAUUCCAUUUAAUAUAAAUAAAUAAAAUAGUAUGCUUGUAUUGUUAGAUUGUUUUCAGAAACUAGACUGUUUUUAAUCACCUCUGAUGUUAUAAAACUGUUUUUGCAGGACAUAGUUAUAAUUCCUCCAAUAAAUCUGUUAUUAUUGUUAUAAAUAUCA